ACGUUAUAUUAAGAUGGGCUUCUUAUCAUUUCUCAAGAAAAGAUAAAAAUGAGUUUUUCUCUCCUGUUCAUUUCCAUCAUAUUCAUCUUCCUUGCUUACGAAUAUUCGUACCGCAGGCUAAAAUACAAGCUCCCUUCAGGACCCUUUCCAUGGCCCAUACUGGGAAACCUUCCCUAUCUUGAACCAGACAUUUUCCAGUGUCUUGACAAGUGGUCACAAAUUUAUGGUCAAAUUAUAUCGCUCUGGCUUGGUUCCACCUUAAACGUUGUGGUCUCAUCCUCCGAGUUGGCCAAGGAAGUGCUCAAAGACAAGGAUCAGCUAUUGGCUCAUAGGCCAAGAAAUAAGCCUGUGAGUAUAAUGUCCAAAGAUGGCAAAGGCAUUCUGUGGGCAGAUUAUGGUCCUCAUUACGUUAAACUGAGAAAAAUUUGUACUCUCGAGCUCUUCUCCCCAAAGGGUAUUGAAGCUCUCAGACCUAUCAGAGAAGGUGAAGUCAGAGCUAUGGUUGAGUCAAUUUUUAAAGAGACUAUUAAUCCUGAUAAUUAUAGCAAGAUUUUGUUACUUAGAAAGUAUUUGCAGCCCGUAGUCUCAAACAGCGUUACAAUGUUAGUAUUAGGGAAGCGAUUCUUGUCUAGAGGUGGUGUGACAAGCGAACUGGGACAGGAGUUUAAGGCAACAUUGGGUAAUGAAAUGAAGCUUGCAGGCUCAUUUUUCCCUGCCGAGCACUUCUGGUGGCUAAAUUGGAUCUUUUGGCUCCGGAAUAACACGUUUUCCAGGCAGCUGGCACGUAGAGACAGGCUCAUUCGAGCUGUAAUAGAGGCUUACAGGGCUGAAAAAAAGAAUGGUGCUAAUGCCAAGCCACAUCUUUUAGAUUCACUUCUUGGUUUCCAAGAAACUUAUGGCCUUAGCGAGGAAAGCAUUAAAGAACUACUCUGGGACGUAACAACUGCAGGCCUGGAGACAAGUAGUAUAGUUGUUGAAUGCGCCAUGGCUCAAUUGGUCAAGAAUCCAAGGGUGCAAUUCAGGGCUCAAGAAGAGCUUGACAAAGUAAUUGGGCUCAACCGUGUAAUGGCCGAAUCCGAUAUCUCUAAACUCCCUUACCUGAAAUGCAUUGUCAAGGAGGCACUAAGGUUGCACCCUCCAGCCCCAUUGCUGCUACCUCACAAGGCAAAUUCCAAUAUCAAGAUUGGUGGCUACGACGUUCCUAAGGGAACUCACGUUCAUGUGAAUGUUAGGGCCAUAGGACGUGACCCAGCAGUGUGGCAAGACCCAGUAGAAUUUAGACCUGAAAGGUUCUUGGAGAAAGAUGUAGAAAUUAAGGGUCAUGAUUUUCGAUUGCUGCCAUUUGGUGCAGGAAGGCGAAUGUGCCCUGCUGCCCAAUUGGGCAUGAAUUUGGUUACGUCGAUGUUGGGUCAGCUGUUGCAUAAUUUCAGCUGGGCUCUUCCUGAAGGGGUACUGCCUGAAGAGGUUGACUUGUGUGGGAUCUCAGGGAUGGCUAGUUUCAUGCAGAAACCAUUACAAGUUGUGCCUAGUGUGCGAUUGCCAGCCCACUUGUACAAAAAUGAGGGUUUAGAUACCCAAUAGCUUUUGCUUUUUGAAAUGAUCUACCACUUGUUGAUCGUUUUUCACAUGUUGUUUGCUUGAUGAUCAGGUUUUUACUUUUGGGCAUAUUUGGAUUCUUGGCCU